AUGCCUACCACUUUUAACGAUUUUCAAGAUUUUUCAAUGGACAUGGUCGAGUUAAUGAAUUUGCAGACCGACGUUUUGUCGACGACCCACAUGAUUAUUAGAGCUUACGAAAACGAUGAUAUUUACAAGGUCGACCUGACUUUUAUACAGGAUACACCGUAUAAGAGCCCAUGUCCAUCACCAUAA